CGCGAUUUCGCGUUUGCCUUUGAGUAUGUGAUCUGAUGCUCGAUGUUAUUAAGAGAUUGAGUGCACUGUGCUGACCUGUGUAGUAUCGACGGCGUGCUUAUCCGUGGCGCAAAGGCGCUGGAGGAAGGCAAGGAAGCUCUACGUCUCUUGAAAGAGCACAGUAUCCCAUGGAUCCUGCUCACCAACGGCGGCGGAAAAAGCGAAGCCGAGCGCGUAGCAGGCCUGUCCUCGCAGCUCGGGAUCGACAUCCACAUCGACCAAUUCGUGCAGUCCCACACGCCGUUCAAGCGUCUUGUCCACCGCUACAACAAAGUCCUCGUCGUAGGCGGCGACCGGGAUAAAUGCCGGCACGUAGCCGAGGCGUACGGAUUCAAGGACUGCACAAUGUCGGUCGACGUGCUUGCCGCCAACAAAAACAUCUGGCCGUUCAACCGGUUCACGCCCGAGGACCUUGCACUCGCGCGGCCGUUGUCGGAGAGUAAGUUCGACGCCGUGCUGGUGUUUAACGAUCCCCGCGACUGGGGCUGCGACACGCAGGUUAUCGUUGACGUGUUGGCUUCGGACGAGGGCGUGUAUGGCACCCGCAGCAGCGGACUCAAGCAGACGGUGCCGAUUUACUUUUCCAACGACGACUUGCUGUGGGCGAACGAGUACCCGCUGCCGCGGUUCGGCCAGGGUGCGUUUAGACGCGGGAUCGAGACUAUUUUCCGCGAGUACACGGGCUCCGAGAUGCAGAGCACAAUCAUCGGCAAACCGUACCUCUUCACCUACGAAUACGCACACAGCGUGCUCAACGACUGGCGCCGCCACGCGUUCGGCUACACACAAGACGUGCACAGGGUCUACAUGGUCGGCGACAACCCCGCGUCCGACAUCCGGGGCGGCAACAGCUACGGCUGGUCGACGCUGCUCGUGCGGUCGGGCGUGUACAAGGACGGCGACGUGCUCGACUCGCGCAGCAAGCCGACUGCGGUGGUUGAUAAUGUGCUUGCGGCGGUGAUGCAGGCUAUCGAGUUUGAGCAGGAGCACAGGCUGCGAAAGUAGAUAGAGAACUUACUACAAUAGAGACAGAAAUGACUUGUU